AUGUUUAAUAAAUCAAUUCAAUUGCUCAGAUUGCAGAUAGAUUCGCUCCAUGUAUUCAGUAUUCGCUCAAUUUUUUCAGCUCUUGCUCAAGUCUUUUCUUAUGGCUACACUUUGUCCCUUGAAAAAGAUUGGAUUAUUGUUAUUUCUAAGAAUGUUGGAAAUUUAUCAGAGCUGAAUGCUACUUUGAGACGGAUUGAUUUAAUAAUGAAAACGAUUGCUCCGCUUAUUGUUGGUUUUAUAAUGGAAUGGUCAAGUUUGGCUUCUGCAUUGUUUUUGAUGUUUUUCAAUGUAGUUUCUGGUUUACUCGAAUAUUUAAUUAUGGUCAAAAUUUACAAAUCAGUCCCUGAAUUAGCAAAAGAUAAAAGAUUAACAACUGUGGGAUCAGAUCUAGCAAUUGAAAACAGCACUAAAAAUAAAGUCACUUUCAUCGAAUCAAUUGUUAGCUAUUUGAAAUAUUUUGGUUUGCCUGGUAUUUCAUUUGGUUUAAUUUAUCUUUCUGUAUUGGGUUUUGAUUCAAUAACAGUUGGUUUCAUCAAAUCACAAGGAGUGACUGAGAGUGUAAUUGGAAUAAUAAGUGUUCUUGGAGCUGUUACCGGAAUCAUUGGCACAAUAUUUUUUCAAUCAAUGGUUAAACACUCAAAUCUGAAUGCAAUAUCAACAAUUGGUUAUUUCAUGGAUCUAAUACCCUUAACAUUAUGUUUAAUUAUCGUUUUUGCUCCAUCUCAUCUCUUAGGAGUUAAAUUAUUCAAAUAUGACCUGUCAAUUGUACUAUUUCUAGCUGGAAUAACUUUAUCACGGAUUGGUUUAUGGUCAGCAGAUUUGGCGACUAAUCAAUUGAUUCAAACAACAACUCCAAAUCCACCUUUGAUUGGAGGUAUACAAAACAGUGUUAAUACAUCAGCCGAGCUAAUCAAAUUCAUUAUAACCGCUAUUCUGUCCAGUGUAUCUCAAUUUUACAUUUUAAUUCUAGUUUCUUAUGGUUCCAUAUUGAUAGCUACUUUAAUUUCUAUAUUUUACACAAUCAAUUGCCUGAAAAAAUUGAAAACCAAAUCUAUUAGUGUGGAUAAAGAUAUGCCAAACAUUAGUCGGACUGUCGCUGAUACAGUUGUUUGAAACUGUGCCAAUUGAAUAAGAUAAUAUUACAAUAAUUUAAUUUUGUACUUUUUCUUAUGUACAAAAUGGAUGUAAAUUUAAUGAUAAAUUAAAUAACAUGAUGA